AAAAUGGUGACAUCACAAGUGAUUCCCCCAGAAUUUUUAAUUAUCUUACCAAAGCGGGCCCUCGGUUUUUCACCCGUAGGACUACUGGGACCUGUUUAAUACGACAAUAUUUUUUUUAAAUUGCUAGUAAAAUAUUGUUUGUUUAAAUUUGCCGCGGUUAAAUGUCAAUUGUCAAACAUACCUAACCUCAAAAGUGACAGUUUGGUGUAUUUUCAACAUGAUAACGCCACGAUUUAAGCUCACACAAACCGCAUCCAAUGUCACAAUACAAAUACGAGCCCCUUAUUGUAAUUUACGUGAGUUGGAAGUGACCGUGGAUGAAAACAUCUUCAUUUUCUACACCAGCCCCUAUUACCUGCGUUUACAUCUACCUGGGCGUCUAGUCGAGGAUGAUUUCACCCAAAGUUCCUUCGAUUCGGAGUCAGGACAGUUUAGUUUCACGAUAAAGAAGGCUAUAGAUGGGGAACACUUCCCAGAUUUGGAUCUGAUAACGAAAUUAUUGACCCCCAAAAUUGAAAUCAAUGAAGACAACCGGAAAAUCACAAUAGUGGCAAAUGAGGCUUCUGAGAAGUCGCAAGACGAGCUAGAUGAAGAAUUCGGGUUCGCACUUUGUGGUAAGGAAAAUUUCAACCAUGUCUCAUCGGAAUUCAAGGACGUGUUCGAGGUGGACCCCCGGGAAGUCAAUUUGGGGCAAAGACACAAAAUGCGGGUGCAAUUCGAGCAAGGCAAAUUCAAUAUCGAUCAUUACUUAAGUGAUUACAUCGAAAACGAGGAAAUUUUGGAAUUAAUCUCGCAGGAAUCCCCUUAUGAUAAGUUAAAAGUGGAUGAAAUUCAGUUCAGUGACCAGGAAUUGGACUUUCUUAAAGACUUGCCCAACAAAACGUACAAUUUGAGCGAGACACAAGUCACCUAUUGUCAUUGUUGUCUCGUUGAUAUUUUAUACGCCUAUUGUUAUGACCGGCGGACAACUCAAUUUGAGGGAACUUCUGAAUCGGGUUGGACCAUUGUGAAAUUAGCCGCGACUUUUUGCUGGCUUGAUGUUUUCAAAACGCCCAAAGAUGCCCUAGUUAGUGCUUUUAGGCGAAGUGUCAUUUACCCACUUUACCGGAAUUUCCAACUCAAUCAAACCGUUUUAACCGAUUUGAGAAAAUUGCUCGAUUUGGGCGAAAAACACAUAAUCAAGUGUUUGAUUGAAAUGUAUCACAUUUUCUUAACCGGCGAUUGUUGUCGCUACAUCCUCAACAAUUUAUUUAUCAAGGAUUACAUUAUUUACAUCAUGAAAUGGGACAGGACGAAAUGGAGAGAAGUCGUUGACCAAAUUAAACAAGUGACGAUUGAGAAAAGCGACCUCGGAUUGAAUCUACAAGAGAUUGAAGACGACGUUUGUCAAAAUUUCGAUUUGAACAAUUUGAGAAUCAGAGACGAGGAUUCGGACGAUUUUAGUGAUAGUUCGAGUGACGAUAGCUCGACCGAAUCUGAAUAAUUUUACUGUCAAUAAAUUAUUAACUCACCUACUGUUGUAUAUCUAACGAAAGUUUCCUU